AGUUAACUUACUUUGGUAGUUGUAAAUAAUAAUGUCUCUGAGGAAUUGCAGCACUGGCCCUUCAGAACACCACGGGAGUCAUGGAGACUCGUUUUUAUUCACUUCCGAGUCAGUUGGUGAAGGCCAUCCAGAUAAAAUGUGUGACCUCAUUAGCGAUACCAUCCUCGAUGCUCAUUUAAAACAAGACCCGCGGGCAAAGGUAGCAUGCGAGACUUUUGCAAAAACUGGUAUGGUUCUGGUUGGCGGAGAAAUUACAUCUACUGCCGUUGUGGAUUACCAAAAAAUAAUUAGGGAAACAAUCAAAGAGAUUGGAUACGAUGAUUCAGAAAAAGGCUUUGACUACAAAACUUGCAAUGUUUUAAUUGCGUUGGAAGAACAAAUUGAUGAAAUCGCUGAUGCAGUUCAUAGAGAGAGGGAUGAUGAUAAUAUUGGGGCUGGUGAUCAAGGCCUAAUGUUCGGAUAUGCAACUGACGAAACCGAAGAAAUGAUGCCAUUAACUGUAGUUCUCGCUCAUAAGUUGAAUCAAAAAUUAUCUGAACUACGUCGUAACGGAUCUUUACCAUGGUUACGACCUGACUCAAAAACACAGGUUACUGUUGAACAUCAGGUAGUGGAUGGAGCAAUUAUACCCUUACGCGUUCACACAAUUGUUAUUUCCGCACAACAUGCUCCGGAUGUCGAGAUAUCUGAACUGAGAAAAGAAAUUAUGGACAAGGUUGUCAAGGUGGUUGUUCCGAGCAAAUAUUUGGACAAUAAAACUGUUUAUCACAUUCAACCAUCAGGAAAGUUUACUGUUGGUGGGCCUCAGGGUGAUGCAGGUUUAACAGGGCGGAAAAUCAUAGUGGAUACGUAUGGAGGAUGGGGUGCACACGGCGGAGGAGCUUUUUCGGGUAAAGAUCCGACAAAGGUUGACAGAUCAGCAGCUUAUGCAGCUAGAUGGGUGGCGAAAUCAUUGACAGCGGCAGGAAUCUGCAAACGUUUGCUUGUUCAGGUGGCAUAUGCUAUUGGCAUUGCACAACCUAUGGCAGUGUACGUGUACAGUUACGGAACUUCUAAAUAUACGGAUAAACAACUGCAUGAUAUUGUUUUGCAUAAUUUUGAUCUCAGACCUGGACAUAUAAUUAAAGAACUCAAGUUAAUGCAGCCGAUAUUCAAAAAUACAUGUGCUUACGGACAUUUUGGCCGAGGGGGAUUUUCCUGGGAGAUUCCAAAAUCUAUUGCUUUACCAGAAGGACUCGAAUAAAUAUUAUUUGUGAAUGGCAUCCAGUCAGCAGAGAUUUUGACAAUUCUGGAACUAUAUUCAAAUAUUUUCUGAGUUUGUGCAGAUAAAAUGAUGUUGAUUUAAUUUACUUAAAGUGAAAUUUUGUUUGAAAUAUCGUAAAAAUCUUUGUAGGGUGUACAAAAAUAUUUGUAGGGUGUACUAGAUGGAUUACUUUUAUUGUACAAAAUGAUUGUGCAGAAAAAUAACCAGUUCUCAUACUAAUUACAACAAAUUCUGAUAGCUUUCAUUUGAUUCAAUACUACAAUUAAUAUCUAUGCAAUUGAAUAAAUUCUCCUGAAAUACCUGCAGAUGUGUGCAUAAGGUA